AUGAAGUCUAUUGCUCGCAGUUUUGCCUACUGGCCAAGUAUCGACGGCGACAUCGACGACCUGGUUCGACGCUGUUCUCGAUGUCAGCAAGCUGCCAAGAUGCCGUCUCGUCAACCGCCAGUACCCUGGGAACCACCAGAGAGGCCUUGGUCACGCGUGCACAUCGACUUCGCUGGCCCACUUAACGGAGUCUCCUACCUAAUCUUGGUUGACGCCUACUCGAAGCGGCCCGAGAUUGCUCCGCUGAAUCCAGCGACCGCAUCUUCCACUAUCACCUUCAUACGACGCAUAUUUAGCCAACAUGGCUUACUGGAAGACCUGGUUUCAGACAAUGCCUCUCAGUUUACUUCGUCGACAUUUGAGGAUUUCUGCCGCCAGCACAAUAUCCAACAUCUUCGUUCGCCGCCCUACCAUCCUCAGUCAAACGGUCAGGCGGAGCGAUUUGUCCACACGUUUAAGAGAGCCCUCUUGAAAGCUCGUGGGGAGGGGCCACGGACGAGAUAGUCCAGACAUUUCUGUUUUCCUACAGGACAACACCGAACCCGGCGUCCUCUGGUGGCGGUUCUCCUGCCGAAGCGUUGAUGGGCCGAAAACUGCGUACAACGUUUCAUGCCCUCGUCCCUACCGGUGCGCAGCCCGCGCAGAUUUCUCCAGUCUGUUGCAGCAAGCUCUCCAUCGGCACACCUGUCUUCGUUCGUGAUUAUCGAGCGGGUUUUCCUGGCUGCAUUGAAGCAACAGUAGUAGCGCACGGAGGCAGUAUGUUGUUUGACGUCGACGUUGGUGAUGGCAUCUGGGUUCGCCACCACAACCAGAUCCGACAGCGACACUGCAGUAACACAACUGGGCUCGAUUCGGCGCCGUCAGUCUCUCUCGACAUCCUACUGGAUACCUUCGCCAUUCCGGCAGAUCAGUCGGUUCCCGAACCCACUGCUGCGCCUUCUUCGGAUGUACCGCCUUCGGUAUCAGUCACUGCCCCUGGGUCUCCAGACAACAAACCACGACUAAGACGCCGAAACAACCGCGUGCGUCGAUCAACACGGCUGAUGCAGGUCAAACCACGCUAGAAGCGGUACUGACCUACUUGGAGGGGAGGUGUUGGGAGUGCCUACACCCCCAAAAACAAGUGCAAACCAAUCACUGAAGAUCACGUGCAUUUGCUCUCUCUCUCUACAGCGCUAGCAUCUCAAUCAGGCGCCUUCCUAUUGGCUACUCCCCUCGUCCCGAAGGUCAUUGGACCGAAUGCCGUCGAACCACGGUAGCGUGUUAUAAAUAUGCGUCACCCUUAGCUAAUCGCGACUUGCAGUGUUUUGCUAAUAACCUUUCCGUGGCCAGCCGUGGGUUCUUUGUCUGCUGCCUUGGUAUUGGGGACCAGGGUUGAGUGCAUAUACGCUCCACGGAAUUUCACGUACCAGGCGGGUCAUAACAGUUUUCUUUGUGAGUGAUGAACACAGUGUGAAUAUUAUCGACAGCUGAAAGGACUUCUUAUGGGGUCACCUAUAUCUGGCUUUCUGGAUGAGAACACAAUGUAAAAAUCAGAGGAUAUAACCUACCAUUUUUCAAUCCCAAAUUAUGGGUACGCGACGUUGAUGAUACCUUUGUCCUCGUCAAUAUGGAUCAACUGGAUACGCUGCAUAAUAUUAUCCACGGAACACUACCGGGAGUCACCUUCACGCCCGAAAAAGAAGUUGCCUGCAAACUACCAUUUCUCGAUAUCCUCGAACAGCGAAAUCCGGCGGGAUAUUCCAUACGUCGGUAUAUCGCAAAGUUAUCCCACAUUACGAAGAACACCAAACUAUCGCUCACAAACGCACUAAUUUUAACACCCUACUUAAUCGAGCAAAGACACAUCUCUCUGAGAACGAAGCGUACAAAAUGGAUCUCAGUCAUUUAUUCAACGUAUUUUCCAAAAACGGUUACUCUAAGGAUUUUGCGCGCCGAUACACGAGCCAGCAGAAAUCAAAAGAAGGAUAUGAGGACCAAGAUUGUUCUGAUCAGGCGACAAAACGAAAACCAAAAUCUGGCGAAUGCCUCCUAACAUUAAAAAUGUGCCUCAACUCGUUGAAAUACACCUGAGUAAGCACCAAAUACGACUGACGCACUGACCGACGAAUACGCUACGCAGUCAGCUUCUAUACCUUAAGGACAGGGUUGGCUAUUUGGAUAAGAAGAUGCAGUCUAUAAGGUUCCAUAUGGCACUUGUGAUGCGAUGUACUGUAGUCAGACUGGGGAAUUCGCCUCCACACGCCUGCAUGAGGACCGAACGGCAGUAAAGAGGCGGGACUAAUUACCCUAAAUCGCCAUGCAUACCCUUAAGACUGGACACAAAUUUGUUUGAGAUAAAGCACGCAUUUUCGGUUUGUGCCCAUAUAACAAAGGUCGAGAAUUUCCAGAGGCCAUUCAGUCUGAUGAUUCAUGCAUCAAGCGACGCAUAGACCUAGACGUCAUGUACACAAAUCUCAGAGGGAAAUGGAAAAGCUGAUAGCCAAUCAAAACGUGACAUGAGCUCACAGCAUUGACCCAUCCUCAGCACCGACAAAGCAUUAUCGAUUUUUCAAUAAUGUUUAGAUUUUAAACGUUUUUCACACUUUCUACACGUCUGACGAGGACCCGGGAACCAGCGUCGAGACUUGGCGAAGUAAUCUAGGUUCAAUUUUCCAAAGGACUCAUUUUUCUUCGAAUUUUGUUUCGUGGGAUGCCCAUCUUCCAUUACACACAUGUAUGCGUUGGUGGGUUGGCGCUCACCGAUUGGUCUUACGGAAGUCACUCGUGCCGUUUUACCUUACGGGAUCUCACACGUAGAUAAGGCUAAAGGAACAAAGACAAGGGAGUUUGAAACACCCGAUUUGUCUCGUUAUCCGUCACCAGCCAGUCAUAGAUCAUUGACUGUGGCACUAUACGAUUGAGUCCCUGCCCCUUGGCCUGUCGGUUGUGGUCGGGAAUAUUAAUUAUGGUAGAUGGGCGUUCACUAAUCAGUUUACCAGGUGUGCUUGUCCCGCACAGCCUUGGGGUUAAAACUAGAAUCCUCGCAGGCUGUUACAUACCGUGUAGUAAUAUGGGGUUAUGGUUCAAGCCCAAAGGCACAACGGGACGACCACGUCCUAUAGACCGAUCGGUGCACGCCCACCUACGGGAAGCCAUUGAAUCGGUGUGUGCCCAUUGCUGAGUGAAUAAAUACCCGAUCUGCAGCGACAGAGAAUGACAGGUGGCAAGGCACUAAUGAACUUCGGUUGGGUGAACUGUUUAUGACCCAUCCGGUAGACCCCAGUGGUGGACGAGCUGAGCCAUGUGUGUCUACGCGCAGGUUUGUGUUUCCGGUCCUACCUGGUGGUCAGGAUUAUGGUUUUGCUGAAUGAAGGCAAACAGGCGCGAAACAGUUCUGCAUCAUUUUGCCCUCUCCCCCCCCCUCCCAGACACUGUCAUCUCCCCUCUGCCGCCAUAGCUUAGCUGACUUCUGUCUGGUAGGUGGUUUCAUGUUCGUGACCCUUAUCACCAACACGAUGUUUCUUGGCUUCCGGAAGCUAAUGGAUCGGUGUGCACCAAUUCCUGAGUGAAUUUGCAUAUACAAUGUUAGGGUGUGCUGACCUGGGAUAGAGCGCAGUAUGUAGCACACUUCGGCGUUGGGUAUGACUGGCUGAGGACGUCUAAUAAGCCAGGAGUGGCCAUUCCAGUCUACCUUGUCUUUUUCGGUAAUCCCAUUUCGCCUACAUCAUGAGCCACUGCGUGGCUGCUGUUUGGGCUCGAGAGAUAGCACGCAAGGCACAACAAAGGAGGGAGUUCCAUAACAACGAUCUGUCAACGCCCCUCUAUCAUUGUAUAUAUGAAUAGGAUAAAGGGGUGUUAACCGAUUCUUUUUACAGACCUCACUCCACCCGUUCUGCCUCAGGACUCUCUCUCUCUCCAGCCCAACCAGCAGACGCACAGCAUCGCAUAAUAUAGGCAGAAUAUCAUUACCGACAAAGACAAUGGAAAUUGGAAUUGCCAUUUCUGGCUUAUUACCCGUUGUCAGCCAGUCACACCCACCCCGAAUUGCGAAACACCUGGAACUCGACUCCUAUGUUUUGGGCGUGCGCUCAUUGAGCACGUUACGGACAUUCUCGUCCUGCUGUGCUCUGGGACUCAAUCUAGAGCUCCAUGGGCAGUCGCACCGCGACUAGAAGGGAAUUACCAACAAAGGCCAGACUGAAAUUGCCAUUUACGGCAUAUUGCCCGUCGUUAUCUAGUUUUAUCCAGAUUUAGUUUUUGCGGCAUGCUAUUUUGCCGAAUUCUGUGGUGCAUGCCAAUACGAUGUCUGAGUGUGCUUGUACAGGCGGGCGACUGACGGAUGUGAAGUAAUUGCCUAGAGUUUCACCAGUACGUGCCGCCAUCCGGCCGGUUCUUUCACAGUGCACACGCCAUUGUUGCGGAAUUCAUUAAAAUCAAUAGGAUUGGGCCGACAAUGCAAACCUGAUGGUCUUAAUAUUGGUCCAUUGUCUCUCACGUGUCUCAUCCUGCGAACUUAAAGCCAUCUGAUGUUCUGCGUGAAAAACCGGUACCAACUGGUUUCGUUUAUGCAUUCUGCUGGCCAUCUACAUUUUGGACAUUGGGAGACAUGGCAUUUGCCGCGAAAGCCGAAAAUAGGAAAUGGCUUUUACUACUUAACCUUCUUCCCUAAGUCGCCUGUCACCGGAUAUCAUACUAGUAAUAAAACGGUUUUCAAAUCAUCUUCACUGAAUUUCUGAGGGAAUUUCCGAUCUAGAUAUUAAUGCAACAUAUAAAAGGGAGGUAAGGUGAACUGUCCGUAAAAGAACCAUGAUGUUCCAGCGACUGUGAUAGGUUUGAUGAUUUUCCUCGGAGUUGAACGUCUGUGAAAGGUUUGGCACCUCCACAUCAGGCACAAAUUGUUCUUGAUGCAGCCAAAAUAAUCUCGUGACUUAGUUUUUGAUGUAUGGUCAAUCAUAUUUGAAGUGCUUUUAUGUAAUUCAGAUAAAUGGACGAAAGGAAGUUUGCGAUACCCACAAUGGUUAUCAAUCCUGAUAUGAGAAAUUAUCCUGAUGGUCUGCAUCAUUUUAUGCUAUUUUUCGCAUUUAAAUUAAAUUUCCGACCGCUAAUUACUGCGAAUGCGUGAUUACGUGAAAACAGCGUUACUGUAAAAAAAAUCCUGUGGGGAAGGCUGACGUUCAUUCCAUAGUAGCUUAUGAGACUUAUCCUGGUGGAAAUUCAUAAUUAUCCAUUCGCUUACCUUAGUUAUUUCCUUUGAUCUGAUAUAAACUUGUUGUAAAAACGUAGGAGCCAAUCCCGGGCAUGGCUACGGAAGACGUUGCCUGAGUGAACAACGAGGUCUUCCUGUUUUCCCUCGUAACGUGCGACGGUGGAUUCUCUGAACUGCAUGUUUGCGUUGUCAUUUUCUCCGUUUGAGAACCCCCGUUUCUCCUCACCUCCCACUUCCGUCCCCAAAUAAACCCUUCUCGUUAAGAGACCUUAUUAUUUGGUACGGUGCGUUCUUCCGUUUGCUAACUACAGAACCGGAUUACAAAUGAUAAAUUUGUUCCGAGUUGGAGAAGAUUCGAUGACAGACCCUGGAAGUAGUUCACUCUCUCUUACCCAUUCCUGCGUCGGGAGUACCUAGAGCGUCACCAAACGCCGAAUUGUGUUUUAAUCUAUCGGCCUUAAGGUCAGAUGCGGGUAUAAAGUUGCGCGAAAUUAUGAAGUGCCGAGAAGUCACCAAAUUACACGAUAUCGACAAACCAGCAAUAUGAUCGAGGAAAUUGGUAAAUCCCAAAUUGUAAUCAACUGUAACCACCUGCAGACAUGGAAAUUCCGGAUGAAAAUGACCCGGAUAUUUUCGACCCGGAAUGCGACCCUAACAAUCCACGCGCCAUUAAUUUCCAUCUAGUUCUGGAAGCUGCCGAACGCAUAAAGGGGAGUGUACAGCCGACAACCUGUGCAGUAUGACAACUUAACCAAUACGCUAUUUUUAGCGAUCGCGUCUUUCAGCUAAGUACGGCAUGGAAUUGUACUUCAAAAAGGAGUUCGAGCAUUUAACCGGCAGUUUCAAGGAACGUGGAGCAUGUAACACGCUCAGUGCAUUCACGGCUGUAAGUGCCUUUUAUUCGUAUCUCUACUUUUCACUCUCUGUUUGACUUCCGUGAAUAAUUUGCUGCAGAUAAACCACAUUCAUUUGGUUUACUCAGUCAUAAUUAAUAAAUUUGCACUGCUUGCUCAUCGAAGACGACGGCAAAUGCGGCUUGUGCAUGCGUUGCUUUGUGCUGCAUACACAGCAAUCCUCUGACAGCUUUCGCCGGACGGCAUACCCGGUAGAAAACAUUCCAAGUAUACAAUGGGAAUGUGUUUAUUGAAAGAUAUAUAUGUAACGAAAAUACUCAUUUUGUGAAAAUAUUGCUGUGGAAUUUUUAAUUUUAACACCUAGGUAUAGCCGCUUGUCACUUAAAUCUUAUCUGCACUACCUUUAUGCCUUUUGUGGUAGCGAAGUUGUAAGCCCAAUAGAUCAAUUAAUUCAUAAUAAUUUCGGAUGUACUUGUGAUCAUUGUCGAAUUAUGUAAACCUACUCAGGAGUACAAAUUUUCACCCGGCCAUCCUAUACGGUAGGACUCACUUUCAUUCUCGUCUUCUGAGGCCUAGCCUACCGCUUUUGGUUAUUUUGUACCCAUCAGUUAUUUUUUCAUUUUAUGUCCAUUUGCGUAGGAACAAAAACGCAUAGGAGCUAUUUCCGCCAGCACAGGGAACCAUUCAUCCGCGAUGGCUUUACAUGCACAAAAAUUAGGCAUACCUGUGACGGUUGUCAUGCCCACUAUAGCGCCACUUCCAAAAAUCAACAACUGUCUCGCUUUUGGUGCAAGAAUCAUCUUGAAAGGAAAAACCAUAAGUGAAGUGAGUCUUUAGAUUUCUUCUUCAUGUGCGUUCUCUCAAUUGUAGGCUAUGACAAUCCACCAUCACACAUAUAUGCUCCGUUUAUUCAUCGCCAAACUCAGAUGACGUUUAUGAUAUUUUAGGCCCGCCGAGUUGCUUUGAAACUCGCGCAUCAACACGGCUACACUUACAUUAAUGGGUAUGUCAGCUUAGAUGUUAUUGUCUACACAUGCUUAAAAAUUUUUAUGUUGGAAAAAGAUAAUUCGCAACAUAUUUUGGAUGAAACGAAGAUCUUUAUUAAUUUAUUUGUUACCUAGGUACGACCAUCCGUAUAUUCUCGCUGGACAGGGCACGAUCGGUUUGGAAAUCCUCCAGCAGGUUCCAGAUGUGGACGCUAUUAUUGUUCCCGUUGGUGGCGCCGGUCUCAUUGCUGGCAUUGCGUGUGCAGUAAAAAAACUAAAGCCCAGUGUCAAGGUUUAUGUAUGUGGCUCCUUGUAUUCAAGCACGAUCAGCAACACCAUUAUUCGGGAUAUUUUACCUUACUCUGCAUUUUAUUCAGGGUGUUGAGUCCGAGAAAUGUCCUUCCUUCUCCAGAGCUUGGGCUGCCGGAAAACCUGUUUACACUCCUUGCGACAGCACGCUAGCAGAUGGUGGGAUGCCUUUGUAUUUUACUAGUUACUUCUUUAGGUCUGCUUGUGCCUACUGUCGGUGUCAAUGCACUGGAAACAUUGAAACCCUUGUUGGAUAAAAUUGUGGCAAUUGACGAGAGUUUUGUCAUGCGAGCUAUUCUUGAAUUGCUGGAAAUGGAAAAAUCAGUUGUCGAGGGUGCUGGAGCUAUUGGUUUUGGUGCCAUAAUUGCAAACACCUUCCCUGAGCUGAAAGGGAAAAAGUGAGUACAUUCUUAUUUAUUGGUUGAAAUGUGAAGACGCUAGUGGUUUCGCGCUAUCGGACAUUUGCCCCUUAUUUCUUUUAGAGUGGUGUGCGUUUUGUGUGGUGGCAAUAUUGACUCGGUUAUUCUUGGCAAAGUCAUUGACAGAGCCCUUGCUGUCGAAAGCCGUUUGGUCCGCUUUAAAGUAAGCAUAACGGACAAGGUUGGUGGUUUAGCAGCCCUCUGUAAUAUGCUUCGGGAUCUGGGAGUUUGGUAAGUCAAUAAUUUGGUUGUUUUUUCUUUUGAUUUAUUAACUAACCCUCAAUGCUCGUCCGAUUGAAUUGGUUAAUUUCAUGCACAGUGUAGAGGACAAUCAGUGUGUUGUCCCCUUUUUUGCACAUACCAGGAUUUUUUUAGGGGUUCUGUAAACUCUCCAACUGGUCCCUUAUACAUGAAAUGCUUAUAAAUCAACUUGCAAUCUAAAAAUGCCACUCAACAUUAUUGGCCAUUAUUUAGUUAUUAAUUUUCCCGUGUAUCUUGUCUUUUUUAGCAUACGCGAAGUCUAUCACGACCGCUGUUUCCUGAAAUCCGAUGUUUUCAAAACACAAGUGAAGUGUAUCGUAGAGACUCGUGAUGAGACCCAUGCAAAGCAACUUCAUGAUGCCCUUGUUCAAACUUACGAGGAAGUGAAAUGGAAGUCUCCAGAUGUUUGA